GAAAUGCCUUUUAGUGAAGUUAUGCUUUUUAGCAAGUCUUCUGAAAGCCCUGAAAAUCAAGAUUUCCUCUACAGACGAAUUUUCUAACAAAUCGAUAACCGACAACUCAAAUCCAUCUUCGAACAAACUGAGCACAUUUCUCUUUCGAAUGUGAGGUCUCAUAUGAUCGUUUUCGUACAAGAGUAACAUCUCACACAAGAUCUCCAAUAUAAUAUGUCAAACUCGAUAUGAGCUAUGCUAUAGAUUCGCAUCUUUGCUAUUCCUCUUCGAUAGAUGAGCAUGACAUUCUGGCUUUGCUCUGUUUUCUAGUAAGGAUAAGAGUACAACUACUAUUUCCGAAGGAAUUUUGUGAGCGGUGAUAAAGACGUUGAGUUCCUCAACUCAUCUAUUUCGUUUCCGUAUCUUCAUCACGAUAGUAAUUAAGAGUACAUUUUGCGAAUAGAAAACAACUUGAGAAAAGUUUUUGUAACUGUUGUUCAAAUGGUUGGUUAGCAUCUCUCAGGACUAUACGAUGCAUUUAUUAAUGGAAGUUAUUAAGAGUUCAACAGAAAUAAUGGUUUAAUUAUAGAGCCGACAGAUAAUCAUGUUGUAGUCUUAAAACGAUGUAUUCACAAGGCUGUUUAACUUUUUUUAGACUUUUGGUAUGAAGUUACCAUGAACAAAGUAUGAACAAUUCGUCUGAUUUUAAUUCUACAAUUGUCUUAGAACAACACCAUGUUGGUAAAAAAGUGAUAUUAGGAUUCUUUUUGGGAGCUUUAUCUGUGUUUACCGUGUGUGGAAAUAUUUUGGUUUUACAUGCAAUUCGAACAGAAAAACGUUUGCGUACGGUAUCGAAUUUGUUUAUUCUUAGUUUAGCGAUUGCUGAUUUGGCUGUCGGCUUAUUAGUGAUGCCAUUAAGUAGCGUAACCAUUGUGGCCGGUAGAUGGCCGUUUAAACAUAAUGUUAUUUGUCUAAUAUGGUUAUCAACUGAUUACGUGGCGAGUACUGCCAGUAUAUUUAAUUUAUUCAUUCUCAGUCUCGAUCGAUAUUGGGCUGUCGUUCAUCCGUUGCGAUAUUUACGUAAUCGAACUCGCAAACGUGCUACUACAUUUAUUUUAUUGAUAUGGCUCAUAGCUAGUUUAUGGAUACCAGCUAUCAUUCUUUGGCCUUAUUUGGUACCUUCUUCCGAACCACUCACGGAAAAUGUAUGUGAUACAGCAUUUCGUGGAAAUAAAACGUUUAAAACGUUUACUGCAUUAAUUAAUUUUUAUAUUCCACUCUUGGGUAUGAUUAUUUUAUCGUGUCGUAUAAUGCAAGCAAUUCGACUACGAUCAAAAAUGGAAAUUGGUAGACGUUUGUCGGCAGCCACUCAAAAACAAAUGCAAAAUGCACGAUCAAUAUCAAGGGCAAAUAAGAAAGCGGAACAACUUCAUCUACAAAAACAGCAGCGCAUAUCCGAUGAUCCACCAAAAAAACGUUUCAGUGCUCUUUAUUUACCCACCGGAUAUAACUCAUCCAAAGCAGAAUCGAAUAAGAGUACGUCAUUAAAAAUAUUAUCAUCAUCUAAAAAUCCUUACGAUCAUGAUCAAUAUUCAUCAUCUAACGAUAUUUGUACAUUAAAUUCGUCCUCACCGACAGGAAAUUCAACAUAUGUAAAAAAGAAUUGUUCAUGUUCGAAGAAUAAUAAUAAUAUAUUUUUUCCAUACGAUCACGAAGAUCAAGAAUCAUUUUCAAUGCAAUACAUAGAGACCGAUAAUACAGAAGGAUCAAAAGCAUAUGAAAGAUAUUUUAUAUCGUUAGAGAAUAAUGACAAGUUAAGAAUGCCCACAUCGAAUUCUUUUAAUAAUCCAUUAUCAAAAUUUCAUAAACGAUUUUCGUUCCUUUCAUUACCACCCAUACUAUUUUCCACCAAACGUAAAAGUUGUCAACCUGUUAUUCAUACUGAUAUGUAUGAUACUCAUUGUGAAACGAAACCAUCAAUGGGCGUACAACAAAACAUGAAAUAUAUAGACAAUGUCACCAAUAAAUUAUUGGAAAAAUCAUGUACUUCGUCUGUAACAUCAAGUUUUUCGGAUGAAUAUUUAGAAACAUUAACUGCCAAUCUUCCAAUCGUUUUGAAAAAAUCACCAACGUUGCCAUUAUUAUCUUCAAACGUCACUAAAUCCCAUUCAAUAGACAAUGAUUAUCUACCAUCACCAAAUAGUUUAUCUAAAAAUAACCGUGCACCAUCUGUUAAUGAUUUAACUAAACUUGCAGGAAAUUUAACUCAGUCCGAAACGCCAUUAUCAAAGAAUGUUAAAUCUUGGUCAAAAUUACCAGUACCCAAUGAUAUUGAUCAUGUGAAUUCACUACCUCACAUCAGUAUGGGAUGUUGUAAAUUCUUAAUUUUUUUAAAAGAUCCAAGUCGUGCACAUGCCUUACAAAAAGAAUUGAAAGCUGCACGUCAGUUAGGAAUGUUAGUAGGCGUAUUUACUGUCAAUUGGUUGCCAUAUUUUAUUUUAUUUAUGGUUGUUGCUUGGUGUAAAACGUGUGUGUCAGAUUCAAUUUUUCUUAGUUCUAUUUGGCUUGGUUAUCUAAAUAGUUCGUUAAAUCCACUUAUCUAUCCUUUGUGUAAUACUCAUUUUCGUCGUGCAUUUAAGAAAAUAUUUUAUUGUGUUGACGUUGAAACUAAACGAAAACUUCCAACUUUGUCAAAGUUAAAAGAAUUACAAUCGUUAUCCGCUCGACAUGGACCUAGAACAUUGUCCACUAAUACAUAG